AUGUCUGAGGUCCAGGGAACGGUCGAGUUUUCUGUGGAGCUACACAAAUUCCAUAAUGUGGACCUCUUCCAGAGAGGGUAUUACCAGAUAAGAGCUGGACUGAAGAUCCCAUCCAGAAUUCCCCAUAGGCUGUUUGCUACGAUUGGAGGACAGACAGGUGAUUCCAGCCUUUGCUCAGCCUGUGUUCAUGAAAACAACGUUUACAGCAGAAUAUUUCAGAUUUUGUACAGAAAUGAAGAGAUCAUUCUUAAUGAAUCAAUGAACUUCAGAGUGCACCUGCUUCUGGAUGGCGAAAGGGUGGAAGAUGCUUUGAAUGAGGCAGAUUUUCAGCUCAAGUUGGACCUGCACUUUACUGAUAGUGAACAACAGCUGAGGGAUGUUCCAGCGAUCCCCGUGAUCAGCAGCCGAACACUGUGUCUCCACUUCCACCCCCGGCGAGGUCUGCACCACCAUGUCCCUGUCAUGUUUGACUAUUUCCACCUGUCAGUGAUCUCUGUCACAGUCCAUGCGUCCCUGGUGGCACUACACCAGCCUCUGAUCAGUUUUGCUCGUCCAGGGAAAGGUUCUUGGCUUGGUAAAGGCAACCUGGAGGCGGGACCAGACCAGUCCAGUAUGUCUUUAGAAAAUCUAGUGUUUGGAGCUGGCUACUGCAAACCCACUUCUUCAGAGGGCAGCUUUUAUGUCCCAUCUGAAAACUGCAUGCAGCAUGCAUACAAAUGGCAUAAGGACCUCUGUCUUCUGCUCCUGAAUGCUCAAAGAGGACUUCACAUGUACUACACUCUCAUAAUGAAUGAGAUUCCUGAUUUACCACAGCUGAAGUUGGAGGAACUAUCUGUGGAAGAGACGUUGUCCCAGCUUUGUAUGGAACUGCAGCUGCUGAGCAAUCCAGAAAAGAUAGCAGAACAGAUAAGCAAGGACCUUGCCUGGCUUUGUUCUCACCUCCUGGCCCUGUGGAACCAGUUCCUAGAGGUGGCAACGCUCCAUCCAGAAGUCACAGCUUAUCUGACUCAGGAACAUCACAUGCUAAGGGUGAGGAGAUUCUCAGAAGCCUUCUUCUACACUGAGCACCAGAAACCUGCUGUGCUCACAUUCCAGGAAGGCCUGAUCCAAAGCCACGCACAGAUUUCUACAGAAAUUCGUAACUCGGAGUAUUUCACCAGCAUGCCCCCGCUGCCGGCAGAAUGCCUCGACAUCGACGGGGACUGGAACACUCUCCCAGUUAUCUUUGAAGACAGGUACAUGGAUAGGCCUUGCAAAGAUCAGAAUUUGGAAGUUUUCUCAGAUUUCGAGGUUCCUGCAAAUACUCAAAUGGAUGUAAUAAAUGAAAAUGAAGACUGUGCAUCAAAUGAUGUCACUGUAGUAAUGAAAGGAGACUUUGGUAAAGGUAUUCCACUAAUACAUGACAGGAUAAACAGGAAUCCCUCAUGCUUAUACAGCAGUACUGAAGGUGCUGCUGAGGGUUUAAACCAGCACUCCACAUCUCAGGUAUGUACAGCAAACAAAGAAGGCCAAAGGAAAUCUGAAAAUAUUUUUGUUUCAAGAAGGGAAACUGUUUCUGACUCAGAGUCAGGCAAUACAGAACACAUGUCAGGAGACUUUGAAACACCCAAGGAAGUUUUAUUAAAAGAUAAUAGACUUGGGGCAGAUGUUACUUGUGGAGACACAAAACCUAGCAAUAAGGACUCUCACAAAAGUGAGCCUGUGUUAAUUGUCAGUGGUCAGUAUGAGUGUGGAGCAUGUGGAACUGAUGGCUCAGAAGACAGGACUGAAAUACAUGAAAUAGAUGAAUCUGGUCAUCCUGAGAAUAAUUUCACUUCAUCUGAACUUGCACUGAAUGAUUUGACCAGUCUUGAAAAACCAGAAGAUCCUGACACCAAGGCUCAUCUCCCUGUUUUGAAACCUUUGCCCUCACACUGCUUUGAAGCGAAAUUGCUCACAAAGGAGCAACGAGGUGAGGAGAGCGAGGAGUUUACCCUCAUGACAGGGGUCAUUAAAAGAUCUUCCUCUAUAAUAUCUGAUUCAGGCAUUGAAAGUGAACCAAGCUCAGUGGCGUGGUCUGACGCUCGGAGUCGGGCGCUGGAGCUGCCCAGUGAUCGAGAGAUCCUGCACCCCUUGGUCCGGAGGCACGCCAUCCACCGAAACUCCCUGGAGGGUGGGCACACCGAAAGCAACACCAGCUUGCCCAGUGGGAUCCAAGCAUCGCUCACAUCCAUCAGCUCUUUGCCUUUUGAGGAAGAGGAGCGGGAAGUGGAGCUCACCAAACUGACAAAAUCUGUCUCAGCUCCUCAGAUCAGUAGCCCAGAAGAGCCCACGGAGGAGGUGGAUAUAUCCAAACACGGUGAGGCAACCUCGGGAGACCAAAACCCAAAAAGCUGCAUGGAAACAGAGGGUGAAGAUGGCAAAUUAAUCAUUGACUCUUCUGAGCGUCAAAUCACCACUGAAAGUGGACAAAUAGAGCCAAGACAACAUCCCAAACUCCCCCUCAAACACAGUAGUAGUAACACUGAGUUACAAGGAGAGGAGGAGAAAGGUUUUCCAGAGACUUGCCGUAGUUUGGAAAAUGCAAGACCACCCCUUUGUCCAAAGCAGCUCCAGGAUAAUGUCUCUGAGAGCCAGUCACUGGAGAGCAAUGGUGAGUGCAGCUUAAAAACACCAAGGGCUUGUAAUUACUUGGACCAAAAUAUAGAUAAGUUCGAUACAUUCAUUGAGGAUCCAAAGGAUAAACUUAAGCUGGACAGUUUAAAAAUACAACAGGGCUUCUGCAAUAGCAGAAUUUCAGGAGAGGAGAGUUUCUCUCAAAGUGUAAGGGUGGUACCAGAUUUGUGCUAUCCCAUUACAGCUCCGUCAGAGACCUCCACUGAAUUCGGCUCACUGCAAGGAGAGUAUGGCAGCUCUCUUGCUGAUGAGAGCCCAGCAGUGUGUGCAGAAAUGCAGGUGUUACAAGAAAUAGAGCUCAAUGACUCACCUGCCCCAGCAGACCCUGCAGCAGGGUCCUACCAGGCUGAACAUCCUCAGGAACCCAACAGCCAAGAGCAUAAACUUGUAGCGAACGGCACCGGGUUUCCUUUGGCAGUGACGGAGGGAGUAGCCCUGGAAAGCAGAAAGGCUGCUGAUGUGGUUAACCUGUCAGUCUCUUGCACAGCCACGUGUCUUCCCUUCUCUUCCGUGCUCAAAGAGACCCCCGCCAUGGUUGGCUUCUCUGCAAAGCAGGCUGUGAUCCCUAUCACGCGCCAGCCCCUGGGCUCCUUCGGAGUUGUCUCUUCUAAUUCUGAUGAGGUGGAUGAAGAGACGAACGAAAGGAUGCUGAAUUUUUAUCAGGCCAAAGAAAAAUUUAAAAAAGAAAUGAAGAUUGAAGGAUUUCUGUACAGUGACUUAUCUGUACUAGCUUCUGAUAUCCCGUAUUUUCCACCAGAGGAAGAGGAAGAAAAUUUAGAAGAUGGAAUUCACCUGGUUGUGUGUGUCCAUGGGUUGGAUGGUAACAGUGCAGAUCUGCGCCUGGUAAAGACUUUUAUAGAACUGGGACUUCCUGGUGGAAAACUGGACUUCCUAAUGUCUGAAAGAAAUCAGACUGAUACUUUUGCUGAUUUUGAUACAAUGACUGACCGAUUAUUGGAUGAAAUUAUUCAGCAUAUCCAGUUGUACAACCUCUCCAUAUCCCGAAUAAGUUUUAUUGGACAUUCCCUUGGUAACGUCAUAAUUCGAUCUGUACUGACUCGGCCCAGGUUUCGCUAUUACCUCAACAAGUUACACACCUUCCUGUCCCUCUCUGGUCCUCACCUGGGAACCCUUUACAACAACAGCACUUUGGUUAGUACAGGUCUGUGGCUCAUGCAGAAGUUGAAAAAGUCAGGGUCUCUUUUGCAAUUGACCUUCAGGGACAACGCGGAUCUGCGCAAGUGUUUCCUCUAUCAGCUCAGCCAAAAAACGGGUCUUCAGUACUUUAAAAAUGUUGUGUUAGUGGCCUCACCCCAAGACAGAUAUGUACCCUUCCAUUCAGCAAGAAUAGAAAUGUGCAAAAAUGCACUUAAGGACAGACACACAGGUCCUGUUUAUGCAGAGAUGAUUAACAACCUGCUCCAGCCUUUGAUUGGGGCAAAGGACUGCACUUUGAUCCGACACAACGUGUUCCAUGCCCUGCCGAACACGGCCAACACGUUGAUAGGCCGGGCUGCCCACAUUGCCGUGCUGGACUCUGAACUUUUCCUGGAGAAGUUUUUCCUUGUGGCAGGACUCAACUACUUCAAAUAGUGCCUGAAGUACGGGGUAGCAGAGGCCAACCUUUUCACAGAACAGAGAAGAAUCCCUUAGCCAAAGGAGUGCAGUGUUAGAAAUGAGAUCAGGUGGGACUUUCAAACUUUCCAUUUCCAUUUCUCUUUCAGAGAAUAAAGUGCUAUGGCUUUAAGGCAUUCAAGCUUCCAAGUAUUGGUGCUUUUGGAAGAAAUAAAUAUUCCUCUUCGGUUUCUAUGUUCUUUGUCCACAUAAAGACAUGAGCCACUUCUGGACUACAGAAUCAGAAUAAGCAGGCUAAUUCUCCAAAUGUGUUUGGACCAAUAUAAUUCCUGUUUCUCCUGAAUAUUAAACCAGGAAUUUGUCUGUCCUUGAUUUAAUGCUUAUUUAUGUAUUAACAAAGCUAUACAUUUGUAGCACUUUUGGGAUAGUUAACACAAGAGGAAACAAGUGUAUGUGAACUCAGGUUAAAACCUCCUUUGUGAUGAGCUGAGAAAUCUGAAAACCAUUUAUGAAAGUUUCAGUAUUUCUGUUUGUUGCAAGAAAAUAUUUGGAUGACUCCAUUACUGGUUAUAAUUUGUAACAUACAUAAAUUGUAACAUACACAAAUUCUACAUUCAAAUAAGGGAAAGGAGUGAAAUAUUUUACAUAAAAUGAAGAAAUAUUGGUAUUUGUCUUUAAAAAGAAACCUCAACUUUAACUUGGCAAGAAUUUUAUUCAAAUAAGAAGCUGCCAAACCAAGAGGAGUCUACUGGAUUACUUGUAAAAUAUCAGUGGCAUCUGUUCACAUUUCUUCUGUUUACAUUUAUUGUGGUUGUUAUAACCUUAGAGGCACAAUUUUUACUUUUACCUUUGCAAGUACAUUUACCCCGACAAUUUUAUUUAUUUAUUUUUUAAUUAAUUACUCUGAUUUGAAAUUUAAAAUACCCUUAAAAAAACCCAAACACUUAAAAAAAAAAGGCUGGAGAUGUAGAAUAGUAAGGAUUGUGGAAAAAGAAUGUCUCCUUAAGUUCCUCUGCAAUAUCCUAUGAAUGUUUUGUUAAUGCUCCUUUGCAGUGCUGUAUAGUCCUAAUUAUUAUACGGUUUCAGGUGGUUCAAACAUUUAAAAAUUUAUUCAUACACAGAUAUCCAAGUUGUUUUUAAGAGUUUGGAAAAGAACAUUUUUCUCACUUUUUAUUUUUUUUCAUAAAAUUUUCAUUAAAAUAUUUAUCAAAAAAUUAUCAGAUUUAAAGUGGCAAAUUUCAAUAACUUUCUGUACAUUUUCAUAACAUUUUGAUAAAUUUUCAAUGUCACAGCAGUUUUUUCAAAAAAAGAGAAAGUGAAUAAUUCUUCACAAUUAUUUUUGUUUGAAAGGUAGGCUAUUUUUUAAUGCAGAUAUGGUUUGUUUAGAAACAUAAAUAAACAGGUGUCUAUAUCUUGUAACAAAGACUGUAAAAAAAAUUACAAAGAUGGUUUUAGGUGUCAAGGCUCUCAUCAGUAAAUUAAGAUCAAGAUAGUGGAGAUUUCUGAAAUAAGAGAAUAAAAAAUGCAAACAAAAAACCUCACAAUCACAGGGAAACAUUUGUACAUGCAAAAAAUAAAACUAUUUUUUCUCAAAAGAAAAAAUGUGAAAAACUUACACAAAAUCAGUUCAAGAAAAGAGUUGUUAGCAGGCUGGCAAACGCCAAUAAAGAACAAGGCUGGUUUGAUAAGGUAGACAUUCUUCUCCUUAAUAAGGAAAGAGGAAGAAGGAAUAUACCAAAGAGUGAGAUUAAGAUCAACUGAAAAUAAGAAGAUAUAUUACAUAUAAAAAUCUCGUACCCUCAAAGGGGCAGAAAUUAUACAGAAAGAGUUCCAUGGUGUAAUUCACUCUCAACAAGUUUUUUAAACAUGAAAUAUCACCUCAGUAUUAUAAUUAAAUAGAUAAAUAGUAUUUUCUCUUUUUUUAUUUCUUUUUCUUUUUAUAAAUUGACAAUUGAAAAGUCGAUUUUAGCCCAUUAACAAAUAAAUUAUGUCAGGAAUUAA